ACGUACUGUAUAAAAAAAAAAAAAUAAAACUAGAGAGCUAAACCAGAGAGGGAAGCGGCGGGAGAGAAGGGCGCGUACCGGGCGAUGGCGGCGAAGCACUGCGACUCAUGCAAGACCUCGCAGGCGCGCGUCUACUGCCGCGCCGACUCCGCGUACCUCUGCGGCACGUGCGAUGCACGCGUUCAUGGAGCCAACCUGCUAGCCUCCCGCCACGAGCGCGUCUGGCUCUGCCAGCUCUGCGAGCAGGCCCCUGCCAGCGUCACCUGCAAGGCCGACGCCGCCGCCCUCUGCGACAUCUGCGACGCCGACAUCCACUCCUCCAACCCCCUCGCCCGCCGCCACGAGCGCCUCCCAAUUGCCCCCUUCCUCGGCCCUGCCUCCGCCGCCGCCGCGGCUGGCGGCGGGUUGCCCUCGCCCCGCCCUUCCGCUGAUGAGGAGAGCGUUUCCUGGCUCCUCCAAGACCCGGAUCCGGAGGAGUCGAUGGAGGCGCCGGAACUCGGAUCGGCGGCCUUCUUCUUCUCGGAUGCCGACCCGUACCUGGAUCUGGACUCCUCGACAUCGCAGGACACCGGGUUCGAUCACAAGGACGGCAUCAAGGCCAUCGCCGGUGGACCCCUCCUUGCGUCGGACGGUCAUUACGAUCUCGACUUUGCCCGAUCCAAACCUUUGGGCCGCUCCACCAAGCGUUCGCUCAGGCGCAGCGUGUCGUCGUCGGAGGUGGCGGUGGUGCCGGACGCGAGCGUGACGGCCGCAGACGGAUCGGCGAGGUCGGGGAAUCCGACGGCGCGGAUGGAGCGGGAGGCGCGUGUGAUGAGGUACCGGGAGAAGAGGAAGAGCCGGCGGUUCGAGAAGACGAUACGGUACGCGUCACGGAAGGCUUAUGCGGACGCGCGGCCGCGGAUCAAGGGGAGGUUCGCGAAGCGGGCGGAGGUGGGCCAGAUCUACUCCUCCGCCGCCGAUGCUGUGGCGGCGUUCUUGGUGGACCCGUACGACGGCGUCGUCCCAUCGCUUUGAUCCGUUGGUUUCAACUUUCUCCAUUGUCAAAACCCAACCAAACAAUAUCUAUUUAUUCCCCCGCUUUUUAGGGCGUUUUUUUUUUUAUUUGCUCACUCUCUUGACGAUAUAUAUAAUAAUCCGGUAGCAUGGUUUAAAGGCAGGGCAGAGAGAACGCGCCCUUUUUGUUCGA